AGGGUUGAAAAGUAUUUUUCCGCUAUAAGCGCUGCUGGUAUUUUAUGGUAUUUUUGUGUUGCAAAUAUUCCACUUCUGAAUUUUGAAAAAAAAAAACAAGCCACAUAUUAUGAAUCAAGCCUCGCUUUAUCAUCAUGCCAGCGCUGUACAGCGCCGUGAUUCGAAACAGAUUUUUCAGGAGUACAUGAAAGUGAUGCAAUGGCGCGCAGAUGAACACGAUACACUCAUCGAUAUUGGUUCGGGAUCUGACAAUGUGCUAAUGGAAUACAUUUAUCCCAUGCUGCCGGCGCAAUUCAAUGCUGUUUUGGCCACAGAUAUUUCGGAGCGUAUGAUCGAUUUCGCGCGCAAGAACUAUGGCGACUCUGAGCGCGCGCACUUCGAGGUAUUGGACAUCACAUGCGCGCAGCUGCCACAGCGGCUGUGCGGGCAAUUCGAUCAUGUGACUUCUUUCUAUUGCCUGCAUUGGGUGCAGAAUCAAAAACGUGCCUUGUUGAAUAUCUUUCAAUUGCUGCGCCGUAGUGGUGGUGACUGUCUACUCGUUUUCCUCGCGAAUAACCCCAUUUUUGAUGUGUACAUAGAAUUGUCCAAGUCAAAAAAAUGGGGUAGAUAUAUGACAGAUGCCAUACAGUUUAUAUCACCGUUGCAUAAUAGUAGCGACCCGGGAGCUGAGUAUAGCAAAUUGUUGCAGGAGGCUGGCUUUGUGAACUUUAGCGUAGAGAUCCGCAAUGAGAUCUUCGUCUAUGAUGGCACGCAGAAUCUGAAAGAUAAUGUGAAAGCUGUCUGCCCAUUUCUCGAACGAAUGCCCGAAACGCAGCAUGAAGACUUUCUGGAAGAUGUGAUUAAAGCUGUGGUCGACAUGAAGCUGCGUGAGGGCGAUAUUAAUGCGAAAGAUUUCAAGUUCAUUGCACCUUACAAACUUGUUAUGGUCUAUGCGCGGAAACCCAACGAAUAUUUGAGUAGCAUGAUUGAAGAAGCGGAGCGAUUGGCAAAGGGACUGAAUUGAAGUGAAAGAUUGGAAAUUGCAAUAACUUAUACAUAUGUAUGGAGACUUAUUUUUAGUUA